AUGCGUCUUUCCUUGCCAGCUUUUCAGAUUAUUGGUCUUCCUAUUCUCCUCGCUUCCUUUGUGCUGUCUGUACCCGUUGCAGAUGCUCCGGAGGCAUGCAGGCUUUUGUCGCCAGGUUGUCACCAUUCCUACAAUCAAUUGGUCCUUCAUUCGAUCCCGCGACAGAAUUCUUGGAGCAAUGUUGAUGCUCCAAUGCAUGGCCUUCCUUGUCAGUCUGUGUCUUUGUCCGGACCGUCCCUCGUGUCUCUUUUCCAAAUCCCAACACUCCUUUCAAGACAAAUCUCCCGAACAGUGGCGAAUCUCGGUCGCGACCUGAAGGGGGUAUGGAGCUGCAGUACGCAGCCACAAGGUUGGAUGGGCUUCCCUUUGCCUGCAGGUCGACCAGCAAGCGAAGAUCGAUUGCUCCACUUAUUUCCAGACAUUCUUUGGUCUUGA